AUGGUCUCUAGCGUGUCCAAGGCCGCGGCUCUCAUUGCCCUCGCCAGCACGGCCACGGCGUCCUCGUACGUCGCGUCCAUGUCGUCCAAUGCCCAGGGUCUCUUGAAUGAGUCCAUGGCGUGGAUGGACCAGUACUACGACCGCUCGGCAGGAUACCUUUACGACUUCGGCUCUGCCUCCGCCCUCCGUCACGAGACGCGCAGCUCUGUCUGGUAUGCCUUGGGUCUCUUGGCACGCAACGACGGCGACGAUGCUGCGCAGGCGGAGAGAAUCAUCACCAACACCAUUGAGGCGCAGUUCAAGAUCGUCCCGGAGCAAUGGUACGGCGACUACCAAAAGUAUCCCGAGGAGCCUUACGUCGGAUCGGAGCACUACCCAGGCAGCAUCUACAACUCAUGGGACCCCAAUUGGCGAGGCUUCGUCGGCACGACCCUCGUCAUGGCCCUCGAGGAGUUCCCCCACCUGCUGAGCAACGACACGCAGGACCUCAUCCUCGAAUCGCUGCACAACACCACCAAGGGCGACGAGUACCGCGUCGGCGGCGUCGACGACGACAACCUCUACCCCGCGUACAGCAACCCGGCCAUCAUGCGCGCCUUCGUGUCCGGCUACACCGGCCGUCGCCUCCAAGACGCCAACAUGACCCAGUCCGGCGAGAACUACGCGCAGGAGAUUAUCGACCUGUUCGACCGCGCCAACACCCUCUCCGAGUUCAACUCGGGCACCUACACCGGCGUCUCUCUCUUCGGGUUGAUCUUGUGGACGAAGUAUCUCCCGGAGGACUCCGUCAUGACGCAGAAGGGCCCGCAGAUGCUCAUCGACACGUGGAAGGCCGUCGCGCAGCUGUGGCAUCCCGGCAUGAAGAACAUGGCCGGGCCUUGGGACCGCGCCUACGGCUAUGACAUGAACCGCUACGUCAGUUUGAUGGCGCUGUGGUUCUGGACGUUGAUCGGAAAGGAGAACUCCUCCAUGAUCUCUGCACCUCAAGUCAUGUCCCACGCGGCAGACUACGCCUGGGCGCCCCUCUUCGCCGUCCUCGCCGACUAUCACCAGAGUCUCCUCCCGGAAGACCUCGUCUCCAACCUGACCACCUUCAGCGGCGAGCACGUCUUCACGGCCUCGACGUACUACCCUCCCUACGACAACGUCCCGCGCAACAUCACCAGUUGGCUCUCCGAGAACCUCACCAUCGGAGCCGAGUCCUUCGACGAGAACGUCAUCGGCGGGCCCUCCGAGAACCAGGCCUCCUUCAACCCGGCCGUGGUCCAAUGGAACACCGGCAACGAGAUCUCCUUCAUCUCGCUGUACCCCACGGAAAUGGCCCUCGACGUCGAGGUCUCCCCUAACAAGCUGAGCCUGACGUAUCCCAACGGCACCGCCGACUCCAUCUUCACCUUCGUCGUCGGCACCUUCAUCAAGAAGCCCACCAUCGCGGGUUGGGCCGACGUGCAGGGACUGAACGUAAGCGUCUCGGGCAACGUCAACGAGACGUACGCGCUUUCUUUUGCGGGUGCUAUGGGAGGUUCCGGGUCGCCUAUCCGCGACUUUGAGUUCUGGAACUUCACGUACUCGAUGCCUGCUGGCUUUGAGGGCAAGCCCAGCGUUGUCCUGGAUCUAAACCUUCUGUGA